CGGCAUUCUUCCAUCGGAUUAGUUGGCUAGGCUUCUUUUGCGCGCAGCUUUCCUUGCAGUCAUAGGCGACGUUGCCCAGAAUACAAGACUAGUGUUCCCUGGGUAUCAUAUCGAUACUGAGCCGUAAGUGUUCUAUAAACGUGCGGCCGACACAGGGUUGCUAUAUCCUAGGUGAUCUGGGGCAUUCUAAGCAGGCAUCCUUUUAAGCCGCCGACCUGCAAACACCGGCAAAGUUGCAAGCAGCGAAAAAGAACCCCCUCGCGUGCUAAUGGCCGAUGUCGCGGCCAACGCCGCCGCAGCUGCGGCAGGCGCGGCCGCCGGCCAAGCAGCCGCAGCAGCCGGCGGCCAGCAGCAGCAGCAACAGCCCAACCAGCGCGGCGGGCUGAGCGGCCUGCUAGGCAUGGUCCUCCGCAUGGGCGUCAUGUACUACUUCAUGAAUGCCAUGAAGGGCAAGGCGCCGCCGCCGCCUGCCGUACAAUCGGGCGCUGCGGGCGGCGCGGCGGUUGCGGAUAACGGCUACAUGUACCCGGCCUUCCAACGGGGGGAGCUGGUGGUUGUGUACGUGUUCCUUAAGGAGGAUAACCGCUACCCAGGCAACAACUUUGACAUGGCCGACCUCAUCUGGUCGGAGACGGGCUUCAAGCUGGGCUCGUCCACGGAGCAGCGCAACCUGACGUACGUGUACGAGCCUUCCCAGGCUGUAAAGAACAACGGCUCCGUGUGGCUGCAUGUCGUUCUGGCGGCUGAGGGAGCUCCGCUGCAGAUGCACGAACCGGGGUUCGACCCCAGGACCGUCGCCUACUACCAAUACCAGCUCAACACCUACCGGCCCCGCCCCCGCAACAAUACGGGGGUCAACCUGUUGUCGGACAACCCAGCGGACCUGCCAAAGGAUGAGAAGGACGCCCCUCGGGAGGUCCUCAACUACCUGCGACCCAACGUGACGCUGCAAGUGGUCAACUACUUUGAUGCGGUCAACCGCAGGAGUGUGCCCCCGCAGCUGGUGGACCACCUGCGCCCCAACGUGGAGGGCAACUUCCUGCCCAUCCUCUUCCUCAACGACUUCUGGCUGCUCAAGGACAAGCUGGUGCCGGUCAAUGAGACGCUGGACAGUGUUACCAUCCACUUUGAGCUGGGCUACGUGUCGAUGAUGUGGUGGCAGCUGCUGCAACAGAUGGAGCAGUCGUUCGGCAUGCAGGUCCGCAUGGGCAUGGCUCAGGACGGGGAGAGCGACGAGCUGAAGCGCAUCUUUAUCGAGGGCAACCCCUACCUGCUGGCCCUUACAUUCGCGGUGUCCAUGUUGCACACCGUAUUCGACAUGCUGGCCUUCAAGAACGACAUUGGUUUCUGGAAGAACAACAAGUCCAUGGAGGGGCUGUCGGCACGCACCGUGGCCAUUAACGCCUUCUGCCAGGUUGUAAUCCUGUUGUACCUCUUCGACAACGACACCUCGUUUGUGGUACUGCUGUCAUCGGUGUUGGGUACGGGCAUCGAGCUUUGGAAGGUGACCAAGGCCUUUGACGUCAGCAUCAACCGCGAGCGCUUCCCGUACAUUACCUUCAAGGACAGGGCGUCGUACAGCAACAAGGAGACCAAGAAGUACGACGCGGAGGCGAUGCGCUAUCUGUCGUACGCUUUGUACCCGCUUGUGAUCGGCUACUCCAUCUACUCGCUCAUGUACAAGACACACAAGAGCUGGUACAGCUGGGUGCUGUCGAGCUUGGUGGGGGCGGUCUACAUGUUUGGGUUCAUCCUCAUGUGCCCGCAGCUGUACCUGAACUACAAGCUCAAGUCGGUGGCUCACCUGCCGUGGCGCCAAAUGACGUACAAGUUCCUGAACACCAUUAUUGACGACCUGUUUGCCUUUGUCAUCAAGAUGCCGCUGCUGCAUAGGCUGUCGGUGUUCCGUGAUGACGUCAUCUUCCUCAUCUACCUCUACCAGCGCUGGGUAUACCGAGUGGAUAAGACGCGCGCCAAUGAGUUCGGGUGGUCGGAGCAACCCGCGGCCGAGGAGGAGGAGCAGCAGCAGCCAGCUGCACUGCCUCAGGGUGAGGAAAGUGCCGCCCUGGCAGCUGUGGCGCCAGAGGGCGAUGAGAGCAAGGAGGGAGCGGAGGACAAGGGCACGCGCCGACGCAAGGGCGGGAAGAAGAUCGAGAAGGAGGAGGAGGAGGAGGCGGAAGAGGAGGAGCAAGGAAGCAAGGAUGGGGCAAAGAAGGAUCGCUAGGGUGCCUAUUGCGUGUAGCGGGAUUUCACAUUGCAGCACUGGCAUUGACUCCCCCAUGUAGCAACGGUGAAGGUGUCUGGGUGGACAUGUGCAGAGGGAGCCGCUAAAGUGUGGUGUCGUGCCUAGUAGGUAUCCUUACCUUUAGUGUCUGUAUCAAGAUCUGUGUUGAAAGGCGGAGACAUGAGAAACAAGGAUGUUCGUUCACUGUAGCGGUCUUAUUACACAACAUAGCAGUGCGCCCCUAUCACGCAAACGGAAUUCAGCGGCCAUAGCUAGGUCAAUGCACAGCUUUGUGCCUGCUUGGAGGGUGUGCGUGGUGCUUACCGUUAAUGAAACGGUUACGACACACCCCUUCCUGUCUAGUUCAUGUAUGGCAUCGGCUCCGUGACGGCAAUGCUCGGUAAGAGCCAUGGGGAGUUGUCAAGGGAAGCCUAAUGCUCAUAGUUUAUAAGCAGGAUGAGACUAGGAACGCGCAUGUUUUUGACACGUUAUUAACACGGCUCGGUGUUACCCGUGAAGGCUGCUAUACAGUGUUUGCAGGAGGCAGGUGUGAGGUGAUAGCAAAGGACGGGAGGGCGUGCCGUUUACUGACGC